UUAAUAGUUAAUGUAGAAAAAUUGGGGAUUUAAAGCAGGGUAUUUAGUAGUUUAAGUAUUUAUAUAGAUGUUUGACAAUUGCUUCUGGUAUUAUAAUGGGAGCUGCUGGUGGACAUAAACCUUGGCCAAUUGAGCAAAAAUUGAUUUUUGAUAGAGGACUGAUGUUCCAUUUUUUAAAUGGGAUUGGAAUGAUUAUCUCGUCUGUUUAAGGUGUUAAUAUAUUGCCAUUUUCACUUUUUGGAACUGGUGUCAUACUUUUUUGUUGUCCUCUUUAUCAUAAAAGUUUUACUGGGAAAAAAACAUUUUCAGGUUAUUUACCACCAUUUGGAGGAUUUGCUAUGAUCUUUGGAUGGAUAUUAUUAGCCUUAAGAAAAUGA